CCGCCGAUGAGGAUUAGAGGCGCCGCCGCGUGAGUCGCUGGGCUGGGGAGACGGUCGAUACUAUUUCCAUGGCUGCAAUUUAUUCUGGUAUUCACCUGAAGCUGAAAAGCGCAAAGACUUCUUGGGAGGACAAACUCAAACUAGCUCAGUUUGCAUGGAUUUCUCAUCAGUGUUUUCUUCCAAACAAAGAACAAGUCUUACUGGAUUGGGUGAGUCAUACUCUGGUUUCCUGUUACAACAAGAAGCUUGAACUGCCAGAUGAAAUUAUUGAGAAACUUUGGAUGUACCUGGACAGCAUCCUUCAUAGCAGAAAACUGCAGAGUCUUUUCAAGGAUGGAAAAAUCAUCACCCUGCGUUUUUCAAUUGCACAGGUCAUCAAUGAGCGGCUUUCCGUUUCAUACACUCAAAAAACAUUGAAGAAUGUGGGCACAGUGCUGAGUUGUUGCCACGGCAUCCUUUCACUUCCUCCCCUCUCUCUCGUCUAUACCGCAAAAUUUGAGCUGCUGGUGGAUCUCCUAAGUAAGUUGUCGUGGCUAGCAUGUUGGCAGUUGUCGUCCGAAGAUGCUGCGUCUCCCCAGUUGCUUGACGUCCUCCAGUUGACCUUUGGGCAGUACCUCUUGGUUCAGAGGCAGCAAGCCAAUGCCAAUCGUGUAUUUGGACAAGUGACCAAGCACCUGCUCCAGCCAUGCCUGGUCCUGAGACAUUUGCUCACCACUGGGAUGUGGGCCCAGGUAGAAGGUGGCAGCCGACGCCAACAUCUAAGCAGGGAGAUCCGCAACCACGUUGAGGUGUUGUUGAGGGCUGCUGUUUUCCAGCCAGAGCUCUUGACGUCCUACAGAGAAGAGCUGAUGCCAGAGAAGGAGGCCCCCAACAACAAGAAAGGGGCCUUGAAAAAUACACUGCUGCCGGCAAGCACGAUCCAGACUGUAUUAAGGGAUGCUCAUUUUUGUCCACCGGCUCUUCAUGGGAAAGUGGUAGCCAAUUCAGUGCCUCUGCUCUUUAAGCUUUUUUUAGAGUCUUACGAUAAGGCCGAAAACCAUCUGCUCUGUUUUCACAUGCUCACCAGGCUCUUUGGGUGCCUCGGGAUUUCUUGCCUGCCAGGGGAUCUUUGGACCAGCCCUCUUUCUCCAUCAGAAUGGAGCUCAGAGCUCCUGGCUAUGGAGCAGCUUCUGAACUCAGUGCUGAGCAGCGGCGUCUACAAUGUUGCUGCCGAUAAGAUUCGGCACAAGGAGGUUCAGUUUCACUUUUACCGCCAGUUGGCCCAGGUGCUGCUGAACCGGUCUCAGGUGGCCAUCCCUGCCUGGUUUCGGUGUCUCAAGGCUUUGAUUUCUUUAAACCACUUGACUGUGGAGCCCGAUUUGGAUGAUUUAGUGGCCUCGGCUUGGAUCGACGCGGAAGUCUCUGAGCCGCGUGCAAAAAAGGCCCAGGAAGCUCUCGUCGGCGCUCUCUUCCACACUUACGCCAAGCUGCGGCAGUUCCAAAAACUCUUUGAAGAGGUCCUGUCUGUUGUCUGCCGUCCUGCUGCGGAAGAACUAAGGGGCCCGCUUCUGCCGGCCAGCAUCAGAGCCAAGCUCUGUGAGUGCCUUCUAGAUCUGCCACCCAAUCAGAUCCUGGACGUUGUGUCUCUCCUCUUGGAGAAAUGUCAGGCUUUCAUUAUUCCUGAUGUUAAAGGAGAUUCUGAGAUGGCCUUGAAGCUUCAGUCCAUCAGCACAUUGCUGCAUUCUGUUCUGUUCCACAUGAGGAGCUUAGAUGAUUCCACCCCAUUGCCUGUUGUGCGGCGGACUCAGAAGCUGCUGGAGACAAUGCAAAAAGAGGUCAUCCAAGCUUUGUUUGACCUGCUGAGGGAUUGCCAGUCAGGAGAAGCUGAACUGGACCUUUGGGUGGAGAAAGUUGGGGAUUCAGCCCUUCUCCUUGCUUGCACCUGGGUAGCGACCGAUACCCUGUUUGGUUUAAAUUGCAGACAAUAUGCCUCCCCUGUAGCCCAAACUGCCUUUGCUCUUGCUGAUUCUCCUGUUGACCACUGGGACUUCUCAGCUGUUCUCCCCGGUUUGGAUGCACAAUGCUGGGAAAAGAUAACCAAACUUCUGCGCUGCUCCCAGUCAGUGAGUAGAUACUGCACAGAAUGGCUGGUGCUUCAGAAAAUGAAGAAGAUGUUGAUGCACACCAGCUCUCCGACUGAGCUGUCACACCAGGCUUUGCAGCAUGCUGUAGCUUUCAUCCUUCGCUCUGGAAGGUCUUGCAUGAAUGGAGAGAAGCCCGAAUCCUGGGAUGGCAACGCAGGCACCAUAAGUAGUCUGAAUUAUCCAACGGCGCAUUGGCACCUGGUAGUCUGCAAUCUUCCAAUCCUGUUCCCCUACCUUUCUGUGAGUGAUGCCCUGUAUGUCACAGAGGUGCUCCUAAAGACACUGUUGACGAACCAGAUGGCGGAAACGCUUGGGGAUGAUGACACUUCCUUAAUCACAGUUGGAAAGGUGUCUAAAGACUUGCUGUGCAGUCCUCUUCUGCCAGAAAUGCGGGUGGUGCACUCGUCUUUCCUAAGCCAUAUAGUUCAGCAGUGUGCUGGUGUGCUCUAUCCUGCAGGUCCGAAGGUUGCUGAUCAGCCUCUUUGGCGGCUGUCAGCAGAAGGCAUUCCAUGGUGUGAUCUUGUGUCUUCUGGUCACGUUGCCAGCAUACAGCCUAGCGAUGAAUCUUCCAUGUGCUGGUCGGUGAUGGAGAAAGUUGCUCAGAAUAUACUAUCUUUAGUGAAAGGGAGAUCAUAUAUUACCUUGGAAGAGGAGCACAUGAAAAGACUUUUGGAUGUACUAGAGGUAAUUUCGGCGUUGAAUCUGGACAGCCUCUUUCCUUUGGACCACACACGGUGCUUCCUCUUGCUGUUAUCUUUGGUUGUCAAUACCAGAGCCGAUGUUGCUUGCGGCGAGGCCUUGUCUUCGAAGUUCCUGGAGACCUGCUUCCACCUCCUUGCAGUCCUGCAGACCGGCAGAAAUGCAAAUGCGGCCUUCAAGGUUUUGCAUGCCAGCGAUGUCCUUGAAGCUGUGCUCACCUCCAUGUUUGCAGCCUGCAAAACUUUGGCCAAUGACUCGUCGGCUGCUCUUUGGGAUGAAUUUCUCUGCAGGAUCCAAAUCUUUUUGGAGCACUAUCUUCAGAUCACUCUUGAGAGGAGGCAGAGUGUGAAACUGAACCUGGAGAAGUUCAUGUCUUUCCUUGCAACGUGCCAGCCAUGUGCAGCCAGAGCUGUGCACUCUGAGCAUUGGAGCCCAGCAGCCGACCAGCUUCUUUUAGUGGCGCUAACUGCACAGUGUCAUGUUCUGACUUUGCACCUUCAGCAGCAGCACGGGAAAUUCCAGGCUGCCAGGACACUGCCUGCUUUGCUUAAACAGGCAGUCCUGCAGACAGGAGAAACUAUCCAGUCUUGCCUUAGAAAUGGCAUGAAAGGCCGUCCAUUGCCUGUAGUGUUUAUCCCAUGCAUAACUACUCUUCUGAAAGCAGAUUCCUCUUGGGCACAUUCUGCAGUCCUUGGGUCUCGGGAGAACGAGCCCAAAAGUUCAACAGAGCCAAGUACAUCCCAGUGUCUUUCUCACAUUCAAUUGUACCAAAGCUUUUACAUUCAGAUAUUGAGAGAACUUGACCUGGCCAGUGGCAACAUCCAAUUCCUUCGCUCUGCACUGCAGUUCUUAACAGUCUUCAGUUCCAUGCCAGAAUUGUAUCCUGCACAAGCCACUUCUCUUGCUGUGUUUUGCGCCAUCAGGAAACUACUUGCAGGUCCGGAAGUCACAGUCCAAUUGAUCCAAGACUUAGAAGAGCCGCUGAUGGAACUGACUGCCCAGCUGGUGGAGAACUGUACCACAGACGACUUUUGCGCCUUGUUGAGGCUGGUGCUGGAGGGACUAGACGUUGGCAACGUUUGGAAACAAAAUCCAGAAGAAGUAUUGUCAGCUGUUACUCUAGUCAAAGUGCUACUUGGCUGCCCGUUAAGUGGAGAGAAAAAGAAAGCAUUCUGGUUUUCGAGUCCCCAGAUAAUCAUGGCUUUAGUUAUGCAAACCAGAGAGGCCUCUCAAGAUCCGGUGCUGCUCCUCACCCUCAUUGUGCCUCUACUGGAAGCCGUGGCGAUCCUCCUAAGGCAGGGGGAAGGGGUCCUCUCCAACCCUCAUCAUGUCAGCCUUGUUUUCAACAUCCUCCUGACUGUCCCUCUUGACCAGAGGGACUACGGGCGCAUCUUCCUGGGGAUUCAUGAAGUGCUCUUUUCCAUACUGCAGUGCCACCCUAAGGUGAUGCUAAAAGCAGCUCCAUCCUUCCUGAACAGUUUCCAUAGACUGGUUGUUUCAGUUAUGCAUGAAGGGAGACAGAAAGGAGACAGAGGCAUCACAGAUGAAUUUGAAGUUAUUCUGAAAUGUGCCAACUUGGUGGAGCGGAUGUAUAGUUACAUUGCUGCAAAAACAGAAGAGUUCACUGUCUUAUCUACCUUCAUUGUGGCCCAAUAUGUGAUAGAGCUGCAGAAGGUGACUUUGCACCCAGCUGUGAAAAAACAUCUAACAGAAGGAAUUUAUCACAUCCUAGAUCUUUGCAUUGAGCGUGAUAUCAAGUUCUUAAAUGCCUCUUUACCAGUGGGAGUGAGAGAAGUCUUUAAGGAGCUGUAUCGCGAUUAUACUCAUUAUCAUAAAACUCUAAAGCAAGGCGAUGAAAAGUACACCGCAUGAGCAGCCGUUCCUGUGGUUUUGGGAACUCAUGGAGGACUCUCUUCCCAUGUGACAAGCACUUUCUUGUUCUUAAGGGUUUUGGCACUUGGGUUUGAAGUCCAGAGAUUGUGUGUAUCUAGACUGGAGCAUAUAACUCUCUGCAGAGGUGACUGACAAACCUAUGCAAUAUCCUCAGGAUUGCAAGCAGAAUCUAUUUUUCUUUUCUUUUUGAAAAAGAAGUAACAUUAAAGUGUUUGUGCACUGCAGGAAUAGAGACCAGUGGUGUAGUGGUGCCAGGGCUCAUGGAGAUGCAGGGUCGGCACUUUUUUUUAUUAGCAGGGACGCUGACAACAUCGGGCACCCCUCUCUUCACAGUAGCUGGAAGAAAAUGAAUGUUCCCAGCAACUAUAUAUUGUUCCUUGUAAUGUGCAGUAUUUUGGGGUGGCUUGGUCUUGAAUGGGCUAUGAGGAAAAGAAGAGGCUGGCUCUGGUGCUAAUAUACGAAAGGAGGUUUUCUUUAUUUUCCUUGUCCAAAAUGAAAAAAAUCCAAAAAUGUUCAACUAAACUUGUACAAACGCUCAGCGUUUCGGAUCUGGAGAUCCUUCAUCAGGAGCUGUACAACAAAAUGAAUUCCCUUUUGAAGGAGUUUAAAACCUUUUAGGUAUUUUUUAAGGACCGUAGUCGUAUUCAUUCUGCCUCCGUUGGCAGUCAAGCAGUUCAGAGCCAGCCUCUUCUUUUCCUCAUAGCCUUUUCGCAGUGCUUUCCCCCUCUUCUUCCACAUUUGGUCUUGAAUGGGCAAUUAAGACCCGUUAGCUUUGCAAACAACCCGUUCCUGAUGGAGAUGGAAAGAGCUAGAACUGGUUUGUUGAUAUGGAUCAACACUACUGCCUGCAAUUUUGGAUUCUCCUUGGGGAUGUGGUUAUGGGGUUUCCCAUGAUGAGUGCCUACACUUCCAAGUUUACCACCGAACCACUGGUAGAGACUAGUUUCAUGAAGCCCAUUACUGGCCCAGAUUUGGCUGCAUACUUCCUGGGUACAGAGCUGGGGAUCUUCCUUUUUGCCUUACAGAAAGGGUUUAUGAGUCUUUUCUUUUGCUGCAGAUGGGUUGUCCUUUGUGUUAAAGAACAUAAGAAAAUAGUAAUAAUAAAUUAUUUUGG